AAUCUGGCAUAACUGUUGUUAAGUGACAUAUGUAAAUCCCGAAUGAGGAAGUGGAAUGACUGCGAACCCCAGACUCAUCUUGCACAGUCACCAAGUUAAGUUCAUUGCUGCCUUCCCUCAGCUGGAUGGCCAAGCAGGCAAAGCAUCUGAAAGUGAACGCUCUCUUGUUGAGAAACCUCAACUCUCUGCUAGGACAAAUGAACAACUUUUCCUAAUAUUACGAGAACUAGAAGCCAAGCUGAAUAAUGCUGAGAAGCAGCUGGCAGAUCUGAAAUCAUCAAUCCAAGGCAGUCGUGUGGCAUUUGGAGCAUCUAUCGGCAAUGUUGGAAAUACUGGACCAAUGAGUGCAGAGAUCACACUGACUUACAAAAAUGUCUACUUUAACUCAGGCUCUUACAACCCUGCAACAGGUAUUUUCACUGCUCCGGUCAGAGGAGUUUAUUACUUCAGCUUCUCUGGUCAUAAUAUAUCCACUAGACCGAUGGGGCUGCGACUGAUGAAGAAUGGAGAGCAGAUGGUGACAGUGUACAACCAUGCUGCUGGAAAUCGCUAUGAGACAGCAACCAAUGGCAUGACUCUGCAGCUGGCUGCAGGAGACCAGGUGUACAUGAGGCUCCGUGCAAACACCUGGAUUUUUGAUAAUGUCAACAACCACAGCACCUUCAUUGGCCAUUUGUUAUUCCGUCUGUGAGCUCAGACAAGCAUGAUUUGAAUAGCAAAUGAGUAAACAGAACAAUAUUGACAUGUAGAGUUUGGUUGAUUAUUUUUGGUGGUGACAGAGGUGGCAGGGUUACCGUAACAAUCUACAGCUUUAGAACUUGGUGGUGGUGUCAGAAUUAAAACCAACAUUUUAUAGGAGUUUGUGUCUCAAUGGAACAAUAAAGUCUGAAUAUGUGCAGCAAUUUCACUUCUCUUCUUUUUUUUAGUCAGGUAGGCUCCUCUGACUCAUUUUAAGGUAAACGUAGAUAUAUAUAUAUAUAUUUGUUUGAUGUCUAGAAGUGAUGUCUCAGUUAUAAUUAA